AUGGCCAAACCGGAAUUUAUCCAAGAAUUCGACGUUGGGGACAUUCCAGACAGGGAUGGGUACGCACUUUUCAUCGGUCAAUUGAGUUUCCAGACCCGGGAUGGUAACAAAUCCUCACGUGGUGUUCCACUCCUUCCUCCUCAACCCGCUGAAAACGUUAUACCCACCCGUUUUUUUGAUGUGGACGGGCGUGGACAGUGGAAUGGAUUCAAAGACACGUAUGGAUUGGUUCCUAAGUGUAAAAACCUGGGAUUUGGGAGUGGCUACGGUGCUUUGACCAAGUUGGCACAAGAAAGAACCAAGAUUCAGCUCGGCUGGAACAAUCUCUUGGGAGCCGUGCAAACACUUGCGAAAAAUCCUCCGAGCCUCGACCAUAAGGCGGCUGCAUUAAUCAUCAUCAUAGAGAUGAUCUCCGAGUCGUUGAGGUUUACAGAGAUACGCAUCGGCAUAUGCAAAUACUAUGCACCAUCUAUCGACCCAACCAAGCAGUCUGAAUUGCUUGGGCGGUUUGAAUUUCUUGAGAACGAUUGGGACCCUCUUUCUCUUGCGCUUCAGUACCCUGGCGAAAAGCUACAUCUCAGUGAUGAAACGGCCAAGAAGUUGAAAAUAGAAACUAUACAACAGGUAAUCAGGGCACUUGGUAUGGCGCUCUAUAAGACUGUACCCAACAAUGUGGAGGCCGCCAUCUGGAAGGCUGCAACCCAGAACGGCCGACAAUUGGUCGAAUUCUUCGACAUGCGGAUCUUGAAGAUCAAUGGCGGGUGUCCGGGUAAGGUCUACGGCGCCAUAAUCGCAGCCAACGGGCUACAGAUCGAUUAUAUCUAUAGCCGAGACAGAAAAGAUCACGAAUCCAUUGAGCCUGGACAACAUGUCACCCUGACUGGCCCAUCUCGCACUCUAUCAGCUAUCGACCAUUUCAACCUCGACUUCAAUCUCAGGAACAGGGACGCUCCAUCUGCGGAUGACGAGGUCGCCAACAACCGGAUCGCAUGGAAUGCUAACAACCAGGCGAACAAAUACAACGAGUUUCGAACAGACACCAUCAACGGCCCUUUUGGCUCAGCGGCGCUCAAUUACGUCGUCAUGAGCAAUGCUAUAGAGGCCUUGGUGGAUAUCCUUUUGGUUGAUAGGGACGGAGAAGACCCAGCUGAUGUCUACGGCGAAAUCGACGCCCAGGCCUUCUCGUUUCCAGAUAAGAGGAUCAGGAUAUUCAGAAGAGAAAGUCACGACCACGUGGUUGUACACCCGAAUAGCCGUGUCCCUCUGUUGAGAUCAGCCCUUGCCGUACCAAUGGAUGCGAGCCUCACUAUUAGCGCGUCUCUAUGGGACCAUGGCCGAACCUCUGACAAGGAGAUCGCGAACGGGACUGCCGAAUUCAAACCUGCAACCUUACAAUCAACAUCUGGGUUGAUUACAGGACAGCACGGCAAGCUAGAAGUUAGAGUCAGCUGGAUUUGA